AUGACCACCGUCACGGCCCCUGCGCCCUGGAUCACCAGCAGCCAACAAUGUACCCUGGAGACAUGUCCUCUAUCAUAUGCCCAUAUCACCUAUCUCCCUAACCUAGGCGGCAAUGCCUUCUACAUCGCUCUAUUCGCCCUCUUUAUCCCCGUCCAACUCUACCUCGGCAUCCGACACCGUACCUGGGGGUACCUCUUCGGCGCCAUCUGCGGCCUUAUCCUCGAAGUCCUGGGCUACAUAGCACGCAUCUACAUGCGACACAACCCAUUCAUUGACCGGUGGUUCAUCAUGUAUCUCGUCUGCCUCACCAUCGCCCCCGCCUUCCUCAGCGGCGCCAUCUACGUUUCCCUAGCCCGGAUUGUCGGCGCCUACUCGCCCCAAUUAUCCCGGAUAAAACAGCGUAACUACUCCCUGAUCUUCAUCAGCUUCGACAUCAUCUCCCUCCUGCUACAAGCCGCCGGAGGCGCCAUCACCACCUCGAACUCCGCCUCCGAAGUGCAAGACGGGAUCAACAUCAUGAUAGCCGGUCUCAGCUCCCAAGUCGCCUCCCUAACCCUCUACAUCGUGAUCUGUCUCGACUACGCCUUCCGAGUCUACCGUCUCAGCGCACGGAAUCCCUCCCCACCAUCGAACAUGUUCCGCAUGGCAAACCACACGAAGCAGGAAUCCGAAAGCCAAGAUCUAGUCUCGGGUUCCAGGGACUUGGUGACCCUGAACCCGGACUUCGCUAGUCUCCGGGCGAGUAAACGCUGGAAAGCGUUUCUGUUUUGCCAGGGGUUGGCGGUCGUGUGUAUUUACAUUCGGAGUUGUUUCCGGGUUGCGGAGCUGUGUGGUGGGUUUAGUAGCCAUUUGGCGAAUGAUCAGACGACGUUCAUGGUGUUGGAGGGGGCGAUGAUUAGUAUUGCGGUUAUUGCGAUGAGUAGUUGGGGGCAUCCGGGGGUGGGGUUUCAUGGGAGGUGGGAUGCGUUGAAUUAUCCGAUGUUUCAGAGGAAGAAGAAGGGGGUGGAUGUUUAG